UUAUCUAAGAAGUAUAAUUAUGUAGUAUUAUAACAAACAUGACACUCCGGGUUAGAUCAUAAUCGUCCAGCAUGUUUGUGGUUCACACAUGUUAGCACGUUAGCAUGUUAGCUCUGCUGUAUUAACAUCUGGACAGCUGCCUGGAUCCACUUUACCCCCCCCCCCCUUUUAUUUCCCACCAUCACCUGCAGGAAUCAGUGUUGAUUACAGAAACAUGAAGGUGAGCAAAUCCACGCAGGUAAAAGGCCAAAGUAAAUCUCAGAAGUGGAAGGAUGUGAGAGGCAGACGCUCCAGACCUCCCAUCAACUCCUCCGAGCUCAACUCCAGUCCCGUCAUGGCCAAGAUGGCUAAAGAGCACCAGGCGUCUGUGAAGAAAAAGCCCAGCGUCAAGAGACUUAAGACUAAAGUGAAGUCUGUGUCCGACUCCAAGAAAAGCGCUCCUCAGUCCGUAGCGAAGAAACCUCACACGCAGGCGAAUGGGAGCUCUGCGUUUACAAUGAACGAUGAGUCAGAUGACUCUCAGGACUGGAAGGAGUACUCUCUGUCCAUCCAGGGGAACGGAGUCGAGCCCUCGGCUGACAUGGAGAACGUCCUGCCAGGUAGACUGGAUGGAGAGGCGCUGCAUCACUGCGCACAGAGGAACGACCGCCAAAAUCACGCAGUGCUGGUCAUGCAGAAGGAUCAGACGCUGUGUUUCAGAGGAAAGUGUUUCCUGACGUGCUUGUACGGCCGGGUGGAGGUGAUGGGCUUCACCAUCGAAGAGGGUCAGCAGUCAUAUCCGCUCUUCUCCCCAGCGUCACACUGUCCGCUGACCAUCAGAGCGCUGGAAAGCCCCGACGACACCAGAGACGACAAAACGGAGGCUUCCAGCAUCCUCCCCAAGUAUCUGACAUCAGCAUCGCGGAAGAAGCUGCUAAAAAAGGUGACGUCACACUCAUCCAUCAUCCUGCUGGAGCCGAUGGAGACGCCUCUGACUCGGUUUCUGUCGAGCUUCGCAGACCUCGGCGAACUGUUCAGCCCCCCGAUGAGUGAACUCCUGUCAGCUGUUCUCGACACUCCUCUCAACGGUUUGGGGAUGAUUCCUCUCGCUAAGACCAUCGAGGGCCUGAAAAUGUCCGGCAGUUACAGAGAUUCUCUGAACACGGUGGUCAGCGCCAGCAGAGGCGACAUGGACGGCUGUGCAGUGAUCUUAGUCUGUGGGAGUAAGAACGUUGGCAAGUCAACAUAUAUCCGCUUCCUCGUCAACACGUUACUAAAUCACACUACCAGUGUAGAUUAUUUGGAAGGAGAUCUCGGUCAGACGGAGUUCACCCCGGCUGGUUGUUUGUCUCUGUCGACUGUCACGGAGCCGCUCCUCGGUCCUCCUUUCACACAUCAGCGCGCACCAGAACACAUGAUCUAUUACGGCCAGUCGUCAUGCGAGUCGGACUUAGACCGCUACCUGGAAUGCCUUAAGUCCUUGUGGCGUAGACGCUCCCUGAACAGAGAGACCCCCGUCAUUAUCAACACCAUGGGCUGGGUCAAAGGAUUUGGAUUCCAGCUGCUUAUAGACAUGAUCCGCUUCUUCCCGGUCUCGCAUGUGGUCCAGCUCGGUCAUACCGGGUCCACGCAGUGUGCCGCCUUAACUCCAGAGUUUCUCAGGACGGCACACGGCUGCCAGACGCACCCGCCCGCUCAGACGGCUCUGGACGAGUUCACGGAGAGCAACAGCCCCCCCAGAAGCUACGUUCACCUGAUCGUAGACUCAGAUUUCCAAGGAGUCGGGCGGCAGGGAACGGCGAAGCACCAGCGCACUAACGAGCACAGAGAGCUGUCACUGCUGGCCUACCUGAGUCAGCUGCAGUCUCCCGACCCCGGACCCGUUAGACCUCUGAACUGCCUCACUCCGUACCAGGUGCCGCACACAGCCGUGGCGUUGGGUGUCAUCCACUGCGAGGUCGUUCCCAAUCACAUGUUUUACGCUGCCAACUGCAGCCUGGUGGGACUCUGCUGUCUGGGAGAGAAAGUAACGAGCAGGGGAGGUCCGGUGCUGCUGAACCAGGCGCCUCUCUGUCCGUGUGUGGGCUUCGGUGUGCUCCGAGGCAUCGACAUGGUGCGAGGUCUGUACUCUCUGCUGACACCCGUAGACCCGUCCGUCCUCCGUAAAGUCAACUGUCUCCUCCUGGGAGCGAUAUCACUGCCUUCCUGCAUCCUCACAACACAGCCUGGCUUCGAGGGAGAGAUGCCUUACAUCACCACCAACUACAGUUUUGAUCUGAGCGGUGCAGGAAAGCUGCGAGUCUUCAAAGGACUGAUGAGGCCGAGUCACGUUGGAGCGCAGUGACUGUUUUCUACUCGCCAUCGCUUUCACGCUCUUCACCCCUUCUUGACUGCUGCUCUUCAAGCCAAACCGGUCCAGACUGGCUCUUUUGAAUGUACAGAACUGAGGUUGAAUCGGAUAUUCUUUCUUCUUCUUUCUUUUUUUUAAACUUCAAGAUUCAAGUCUGAGAGAGCAGCUGCCAGUAUUACAAACUCUGCAGGAGGACAUGACAGCCAGCUCCUUCCUGUUACCCUGAAAACGCUGUUUUGUCUUAAAAACCUGCUCCGAGUACGCAAGAUGGCGGCGUGAAGGAUCUCCAUGAAUUUCUCUGUUUCCUGUCACAAAGGAGGACAAUAAUAAUAAUAAUCAUAACUUGUAGUUGAAGCUCUUGUUUGUAGGUGACAUUCCAAAAAAGCUGAAACUUAAUACACAAACCUGUCAGAUAUUAAACAACUUUUCUUCAGGCUUUGUGUGUUUUUUUUGUUUUUUCUUUGCUGUCAGUGUUUUUCUACUCGAGACCAGCGUCACCGGUGUUUGUUAAAGAUUUAAUCUGUGUUUUCAAGCAGGUAAAUGGUCGGUUUACAAGUGUGUACAUCACAGUAAUGCAGUGUAGUUUUCUGCUUUAGAAAAAGUAGUUUGUUCAUUUCUUACAUCUGUAUUAUUAUUAUUAUUAUUAAUGGGUAAAAAAUGUCCAACAUCAGGACUUUCCAUCCAACGUUCAAGUAAAGAAGAAUAAAAGAGGGAUGUUUCACCUUUCUGAUGGUUUAUAAAUGAAAGAAGCUCAUUUCUGUCAGUGUUGCGCUUUUAUGCCAGUCAAAAAAAAAAGAAGAAAAAUAAGAGACUCUAUUUUUAUCACUGACUAAACCUGCUUUAACUGUUGUACAUCUUUUUCUUGUUAUUGUGUUAAAAUGACACCAAACUGUUUGUGCACUUACAAAGUCAUUCAAGAGGUUUUGGUUCUUUUUGUAAAUGCGAUGUGUUGACGGUUUUCUUAUGUCGAUAGAAAAGAUACAAAAAAUAAAGAUCAUUUUGUUUCUUGA